AUGGGAGAAGAAGUUAAACCAGAGGUAAAGGAGGCUGCCCCUGCUCCAGAGGCAGUUCCAGAGCCCGGCUCCUCGAAAGAGGAGAAGAAGAAAGAUGUGGCAGAGGAGAAUCAAGAAGCUACCGAGGAGGAGAAACCAACGGUGGAGGAGGAGGAGACGCAGCCGCCACCACCGCCUCCACCAUUCAUACUCUACGUCGACUUGCAUUGUGUAGGAUGUGCUAAGAAGAUCGAAAGAUCUAUACUAAGAAUUAGAGGAGUGGAAGAAGUGGUGAUGGACAUGAAUGAGAACCAAGUGACGAUAAAAGGAGUGUUGGAUCCACAAGCAGUGUGCAACAAAAUCAAGAAGAAGACUAAAAGAAUGGCCAAAGUCCUCUCGCCGCUUCCGGCUGCCGAAGGGGAGCCUCUGCCACCGACCAUAAACUCUCAAGUGUCUGGCCUCACCACCGUCGAGCUCAACGUCAACAUGCAUUGUCAAGCUUGUGCUGAUCAGCUCAAGAAGAAGAUUCUCAAAAUGAGAGGGGUCCAAACAACUGUGACAGAGUACACGACGGGAAAAGUAAUAGUGACCGGGACAAUGGACGAAGAGAAACUUGUGGCUUACGUCUACCGUCACACCAAAAAGCAGGCCAGAAUCGUACCCCAACCCGACCCGGAACCUGAUGAAAAACCUGCCGCGGAGGAAGACAAGAAGGAGGAGAGCGGUGAAGGGCUUGAGAAACCCGCAGAAACAGGAGAGGAGAAGGAGGAGGAGGAGGAGGAAGAAGACGGUGGCGGAGAAGAGACGGAGGUUACUGAGGAGAUGGCUAUGACGGAAGAUGAAGGGAUGAAGAGGAUGAUGUAUUAUUAUCAGCCUUUAUACGUUAUCGAAAGGGUUCCUCCGCCGCAGCUUUUCAGCGACGAGAACCCUAACGCUUGUUGCAUUUCUUAA